AUGUGCUCCAAUCACUCAGGUUGCCAAGACUUGGCCCGACGCAUCGCGACUUUUCGAAUUACGACGUUCACCUCUCCAAACGCCUCCUUGCUCUCGUCGGCCUGCAAGCUUUGCGUUCUACUUAUUAAGAUGGAUCUAUCUCUGUACUCUCAAAGCAACCUUCUUUAUACACAGGAGUCAUUGUCAAAAUAUCAACCUGGAGGAUACCAUCCAGUCAACCUCGGAGAUACAUUUGAAAAUGACCGUUACAAGAUAUAUCAUAAGUUAGGAUGGGGUGGUUUUUCCACAGUAUGGCUUGCGAAGGACAGAGACCGAAAUGAAUGGGUCUCUUUGAAAAUUAUGACCGCAAAUUCGUCGAUAUCGCAAGAGCUGCAAAAUUUGAACCUUUUAGAGAAGCAAUCUCAAAGAGGGCUUUCCUCAAACUGUGGGCUUUCUUCGAACUACAUUGUUCAACUGCUUGAUGCCUUCCUCCACAAAGGCCCCAAUGGGGUCCAUCAAUGUCUUGUGUUCGAAUUACUUGGUCCUUCAGUUGAUAAGGUCCUCUAUGACUACUCUGGCAGCGACGAAAAGCUCGACCCGGAAAUUGUGCUCCGAAUUUCUACGCAGCUUUUGAAAGCUGUCAAAUUUAUUCACAAUGCCGGCAUGUGCCAUGGAGACAUUAGUGGUCGGAACAUUGCAUUCACUUGCACCCAUUUGUCCAAACAAACUGAGGAGCAACUUUUUGAUGUUAUUGGUUCCCCAGAGAUUGAGCCGCUGGAACGAAUUGAUGGUACUCCUCUGGGAAAUGAAUUGCCGGCCCAAUUGAUCAAAGCAGCAGAUUGGACUGAGUGGAUAGAUGAGGAUGAAGAAGAUAUUCGGCUUCUUGAUUUUGGAGAGAGUUUCUUUCAAGGACAAGAACCUCAGAAGCUGGCCCAGCCGGGUUCAUUGAGGGUACCAGAGACAAUUUUCACCGACUCUUUUGAUUAUCGCGUCGAUUUAUGGCGCACAGGUUGCAUGAUUUAUUCCUUCUUAUUCACAACCUGGCCAUUCUGGUACCUUGGCGAAGACGAUGUCCUAAUCUUUCAAAUGAUUGGCUUUGUGGAGGAGAGAUUGCCAGCUGAAUGGGAGUCUAAGUGGGAAUCAAUGCAGACGUCUAGCGACGAUCUGGAGCUAGAAGAUCAUGGAACCUCGAAGCUUGAACAGAAGUUUGCUGGGUUAUCCGAUCCAGCACUCGAACCUCUACUUCAUGUGAUCCAAGGACUGAUGCGGUUUUUACCGUCCAGUCGCCUUACUGCAGAAGGAGCACUUGAUUUGCUGGGUAACGCUCAAGAUUAA